AUGGCACAGAACUGGAGUACUCCAGUUGACAUGUCCGAAGGAGCUCAGGAACAUGACCUCGUGAAUGAGCUGCAGUGUGAGUUCCACAAUGAAACCAGCAAGUUGACAUCCAAUGAAGAGAUUGACCAGGAAAGCGACAUGCCAAGGCCCUUGCGGCGCAGGCUUCGGUCGCGGCGGAGUGUUACCGCCUUCGAGGUGCCCUUCGAGGGAUUUCACCAUGUACUGCAAGAAAGUGAUCGGAUGCAUUUUCGAUGGAAUCUCCAUGAGGAGCCUUCUUUGCCACGAAAUGCGAAGGAGUUUUUCUGGGAGGGAUUGGUGCACAAGAUUGUGCCAAAACUGGACAGAGGCGUGGAGGAGGACAUUCGUCAGCUGAGGCUAGUACGGUGA